UUACAUACAAAGAGAAAAGCCCAUCCACGAAACCCUAAUUCCCAAAACCAUUCUUAAUACAAACCAUUCCUUCAAGUUUUCAUUUUCACGGCGCACAAAAUCAACACAUCUUCGAGAUCCCAAUCCACGCGCCGCCAUCAUGGUGAACGUUCCAAAGACAAAGAAAACCUACUGCAAGAGCAAGGAAUGCAAGAAGCAUACACUUCACAAGGUUACCCAAUACAAGAAGGGUAAAGAUAGCAUCGCCGCUCAAGGUAAGCGUCGUUACGAUCGCAAACAGUCCGGUUAUGGUGGUCAGACUAAGCCCGUCUUCCACAAGAAGGCAAAAACCACCAAGAAAAUUGUUCUGAGGUUGCAAUGCCAGGGUUGCAAACAUGUUUCUCAACAUGCAAUCAAGAGGUGCAAGCAUUUUGAGAUUGGUGGUGACAAGAAGGGAAAGGGAACAUCUCUCUUCUAGGUGGAGAAUUAGGAUUUGUUGUUUUAAUGUUUUAUUUUCUGGUGUUGUUGGAAGAUUUUGUUUCUCUAUGGAUUUAUGAUAGAUAUAUUGUUAUUUGAAAUAUCUUUUGUGAUUGACAAGUGAAAGCUAUUGCUAAUAUCAAUCCAGUACUUGUUUUCAUUCCAUCAA